CUUCCAAUGAAAACAGUAAGAAUCUAUACUUGAUAUUGAAAGUGUGUAUUUCAAACAAUAAUGAAGAAGUUCAUCGUAUUCCUCGCCCUAGUGGCGAUAGCUACCUGCCAAGAAGUUGAUAUAGUCGAUCAAGAUCCUAGCAAAGUUCACGUGGUUGACGGAUAUCCUGAUGUUGAUAAAGUUCACGUAGUGGAUGUGUUUCCCGGUGAAGAUGGAAAUUUCAACAUGGAUAACAUGAUUAUCGAUCCAGGUUUUAUGAUGCCUACUGUUGAUAACGACGGCUACAUGCCAAUAAACAUUGAACCUGCAUUCAUUGACCCUGAAUUUGACCCUACCUUACUUGACCGCAACCAUUAUCCAAAAGUCUCAGACAAUCCCCUAGCUCGCGAGCUGCCUGAACAAUUUAAUUAAUUCAACAAAACAUAAUUAUUUGAUUACAUAUAAAUGUACAAACUGUUUAUAAUUUUAUCAACAUUUGUGGACCUAGCCUCUUCAUGACAAUAUUAAUCAAUAAUGUAGUAUGUAUGUCAAUCUAUGUAGAUUAGAAAAUGUAGUUCAUUCCUAGUUAAUAAAAACAUUUACGGAAUA